GCGAUGAAAGACUCAAUAUAAGGAAGACGCUUGUUUACUUUCACACAGUGCGUGCUGGCUCCUCGGUGUAUAAGCACUGCAGCUGCAUAUCACCACACUUUGGUAGCAAACGACACUAGCCAAAGAUGGAAACAGCUUAUAGUGGCCCACCUCUCGGCAAAGAUACCUACAAUAUUAAGAGAGGAAAUUUUGCUUCUCUCACUGACAAGGACUUAAAUGUAUUUGAAGGAAUCGUUGGCAAGUCUAGAAUGUUGACAAAUGUGUCUGAGGUAAAGCCAUACAAUAUUGAUUGGGUUCACUCGGUCAGAGGCAGCAGCCAAUGUGUUCUCAAACCUGAAACAACUGAGGAGGUUUCUGCUAUAUUGAAGCAUUGCAAUGAACGCCGUUUGGCGGUAUGUCCCCAAGGCGGGAAUACAGGUCUAGCUGGUGGUAGUACUCCAGUCUUUGAUGAAGUAGUAAUUUCCACUAGCCUUAUGAAUGCGAUCAUUAGUUUCGACAAUGUGUCAGGUGUAUUAACAUGCCAGGCUGGGUGUGUACUGGGACAAUUAGAAUCUUAUUUGCAAGAGCAGGGCUUUAUGAUGCCGCUGGAUUUGGCAGCCAAAGGUAGCUGCCAAAUUGGGGGAAACGUGUCUACAAAUGCUGGUGGCCUUCGUCUUGUAAGAUAUGGCAGUAUGCAUAGCACUGUCCUCGGCCUUGAAGUGGUUUUAGCCAAUGGAGAAGUUAUGAACUGUUUAAACAAAAUGAAAAAAGAUAAUACUGGAUAUCAUUUAAAACAUCUUUUUAUUGGCGCUGAAGGAACUUUGGGUUUAGUAACUAAAGUUGCGAUACAUUGUCCUGUUAGUCCGAAAUCAAUGAAUGUUGCAUUUCUAGGUCUUGACAACUACGAGAGAGUUUUGGAAGUGUUUAAAUUGAUUAAGAGGGAUCUGGGUGAGAUUCUAUCUUCCUGCGAGUUGAUGGACAGGAGUUCGAUGGAAGCUGUGGAAGAAAAUGUUAAACUUCGUGUUCCCUUGAAAGAGUCCCCAUUCUAUAUGUUGAUAGAGACAUCAGGCAGUAAUUGUGAUCACGAUAAAGAGAAACUGUCUCAGUUUCUUGAAAAUGCUCUUGAGAAAAAACUGAUUACGGAUGAAAUACAAGCAAGUGAACCCUCCCGCAUUAAACAACUUUUUGAAGUGCGGGAGAAGAUGGGAGAAGCACUGUUUUUGGAUGGACAUCUUUAUACUUAUGAUAUUUCCUUGAAGCCUCAAGACUUCUACUCAAUUGUACACACUACAAGAGAACACUUAAAAAAUGUACCGGGUGUUCUACGAGUAAAUGGAUUUGGACAUUUUGGUGAUAACAAUAUCCACCUUAACAUCACAUCGAAAAAGUACAGCAAAGACAUCGUCAACAACCUUGAACCUUUCGUGUAUGAAUGCACCUCAAAGCUUGGAGGCAGUGUUAGUGCAGAGCACGGUAUCGGUCUGAAGAAAACAGAUGCUGUCCACUUCAGCAAACCUCCUCAAGCCAUACAGCUCAUGCACCAAAUUAAAAAUGUCAUGGAUCCAAAUGGAAUCAUGAACCCGUACAAGGUUCUUCCAUCAAUAAACUCAGAAUCAGCUUGAAA